AUGGCUGUCUCGGAGAGCAAUGCAACCAAGACCGUUGCUUUGGCUGGGGCAAGCGGUAACUUAGGUCUUCGUAUCCUAGAAUCUCUGCUCGAUGCAGGGUUCGAUGUGACGGUCUUGAUUCGCCGCGAAAGCACCCCGAUUGAUUAUCCCGUCAAAGCCCGAGUGGUGGAAGUCGACUAUGAUUCAGCCGAGUCACUUCAAAAUGCUCUCGGAGGUAUCGACGCCGUGGUUUCUACGGUGGGCAAGCAGAAUGGAUUGCAGAGCCAGUUUAAACUCAUCGAUGCCGCGAUCGCUGCCGGGAUAAAGCGAUUCGUCCCGUCGGAGUUCGGUGCCGAUCUCCAAAACCCCAAGAUUCGUGCCUUUCCGACCUACCGAACCAAGGUAGAGGUCGAAGAUUACCUGGAGAAGAAAGUCCGGGACACCGAAUUGACUUACACCUACGUCUACAACAGUGUUUUGUUUGACGAAGGCCUGUCGCUCGGGGCAUUCGCAAAUUUCUCGACCCGGACAGUGAACAUCUUCGAUGGCGGGGACACAACCUUUUCUGCAACGAGAAUUACAACAGUCGCACAGGCUGUUGCUGCCAUCCUCAAGAACCUUGACGCAACCAAGAAUAAGGCCGUUCGCAUCCGCGACCUCGCGAUGACCCCAAAGCAGCUGCUAGAAACCCUCAAAGCCUUGGAUCAGGAUCACGCUUGGAAAGCGAUUGCAGUCAACACCGAAUCACUCGUCAAGAAUGCCGAGCACGAGCUAGCAUCGGGCAAGUUCAGCCCGAAGGCAUUCGCAGCAUUCGCAAUGAGAGCGACCUUUGCUCCAGAAUAUGCACUGGAUUAUAGUCGUGACAACGAGCUCUUGGGUAUAACUCAUAUGACGAAGGAAGAAAUUCACGGGGUCCUGGCUGCAAGACUGUGCUGA